GUAACUUUAAAAAUAAAAAAUCAUACACACCACAAACAAGAAUCCGAGUAUCCGACAAACAUGAAGGGCUGCAUUUCUCCGAACCAAGAAAAAGAGUCAUACAACACGAAAAGAUUCCCAUAAAGCGGGCCUCAGUCACGGGCGGAAGACCAAUCAGCUCGCUUCGCACCCACCCCCAAGUGCGUGUAUCCAUUCCAUCCACAGCACCGGCAAAAAUGGCGGCCGACGGCCGGCGGCGGCGUCUCCUAGCCGCAGAUUUCGCGAUGUCCUUCAUGUGGGUUUGGUCGAGCGUGCUCGUCAAGAUAUUCGUGCACAGAAUCUUGGGCUAUAGCGCUCACGACGUGAAGGGCGAGGUGGUCAGAUACUCGGUCUCUCUCAUUAACAUGUUCUUCUUCGCAUUCAUGGGCAAGGCCACCAAAGGCGGGGCUUACAACCCCCUCACCGUCUUGUCCGCCGCCGUGUCCGGCGAUUUUCCCAAUUUUCUCUUCACUCUUGGGGCCAGAAUCCCCGCACAGCUGGUUUAUGAAAAGCAUGUACAUUACACGUUCUCUUUUCCUGAAACUUUGGAAAAGCGCAACUUAUCAAUGUCUGUAGUUGGAUCAGUUUACGGCGUGAGGCUCAUCUUGCAAACAGUGCCCGGGAUAGGACGUGGGCCACGCUUGACUGUUGAUAUUGCAAAGGGAGCGUUGACCGAAGGUUUUCUGACAUUUUCGAUUGUGAUAAUAUCACUUGGGCUGUCCAGAAAAGUUAGCAACAGUUUCUUUAUGAAAACUUGGAUUUCAAGUGUCUCCAAGCUCACUCUUCACCUUCUUGGCUCUGAUCUAACUGGGGGAUGCAUGAAUCCAGCCUCUGUAAUGGGGUGGGCUUUUGCUAAUGGGGAGCACAUAACCAAGGAGCAUUUGAUCGUCUAUUGGCUUGCGCCUGUUGAGGCCACUUUAGCUGCAGUUUGGGUGUUUGGCAUACUAUUUCGACCUAAGAAGGAUGAGCCAUCAGCUGCUAGAAAGAAUGAUUCCCCACAGCUGAAGUCUGAAAAAUCUGAUUGAAAAGAUAGUCUUUUUUCUUUUCUUUUGUGUGUGUGUGUGUGUGUGUGUGUGUUAGAUAUUUGCAACGAUAUCAACUCAGGUGAAUUUGUAAAUUUGCUCAGUCAUAAAAAGGCUGGCUUGAAUUCUAGGCAUUGUAGAAUGUCAUAUGCAGUAAGUUCUGCUUUUGAAGUCUUCUGUUUUUCUCACU